AUGCGGAUCAGGGACACAGGCAAGGCUCUGCGGCGUCAGACCUGGGAAGAGGGAUACAGGAUAAACACUCUGCGGGAUCAGAGCUGGGAAUGGAACACUGGGAAACAGACUCUGCUGGAGGAUACAGAUCAUAAUUAUUAUACUUCCAGGACAUACGGCCCAUUUGAUUCUAUCAGCCGGGAUUUGUGGGUGAACAUAGACCAAAUGGAAAAAGACAAAGUGAAGAUCCACGGGAUUCUGUCCAAUACCCAUCGGCAAGCAGCAAGGGUGAAUCUGUCCUUCGAUUUUCCAUUUUAUGGACAUUUCCUACGUGAAAUUACUGUGGCAACUGGGGGUUUCAUAUAUACUGGAGAAGUUGUGCAUCGAAUGCUAACAGCUACGCAAUACAUUGCACCCUUGAUGGCAAAUUUUGACCCCAGUGUGUCAAGAAAUUCAACAGUGAGAUACUUUGAUAAUGGCACAGCGCUUGUUGUCCAAUGGGAUCAUGUACAUCUGCAGGAUAAUUACAACCUAGGCAGUUUCACUUUUCAGGCUACCCUUCUCAAUGAUGGGCGUAUCAUUUUUGGAUAUAAAGAAAUUCCUGUCUCAGUGACACAGAUAAGUUCAACCAAUCACCCAGUGAAAGUGGGACUGUCGGAUGCAUUUGUGGUGGUGCAUAGGAUCCAGCAAAUUCCUAAUGUCCGUAGAAGAACAAUUUAUGAAUACCACAGGGUGGAGCUACAGAUGUCAAAGAUUACCAGUCUGUCAGCAGUUGAGAUGAUACCUCUACCUACCUGUCUCCAGUUUAACAGCUGUGGUCCCUGUGUCACUGCCCAGAUUGGCUUCAACUGCAGCUGGUGUAAUAAACUCCAAAGAUGCUCGAGUGGAUUUGAUCGCCACCGGCAAGAUUGGGUAGACAGUGGCUGCCCUGAAGAGUCGAAAGAUAAGGUCUGUGAGAAGAAUGUGGACACAACUGAGAAGCCCCCUCAUACCACCACUUCCCUCCAGCCAACUACCACGAGGUUCAGAGUUUUAACCACCACCAAAGGAGCCACUACAUCCCACCUGCCAACCAGCCUGCCCACAGAAGAUGAUACCAAGAUAGCACUGCACCUAAAAGAUAAUGGAGCCUCUACAGAUGAUAGCGCUGCAGAGAAGAAAGGUGGAACUCUCCAUGCUGGUUUAAUUGUUGGAAUUCUGAUAUUGGUCCUCAUUGUAGCAGCAGCCAUCCUUGUAACAGUCUAUAUGUACCAUCAUCCAACGUCAGCAGCUAGUCUCUUCUUUAUUGAGCGCCGCCCAAGCAGAUGGCCUGCAAUGAAAUUUCGAAGAGGCUCAGGACAUCCUGCGUAUGCUGAAGUGGAACCAGUUGGAGAAAAAGAAGGCUUCAUUGUAUCAGAGCAGUGCUAAAAUUUCUAGGACAAGAGCACCAGUACUGGUCUACAGGUGUAAGACAUUUACUUUGCCUCUCUUUAAAGAAAAGGAGGCCUGAGCUGCUGUAGCUGUAAAGAAAGAAGAUUGUUGGAUAAAUCUUGUCCAAGAAGAAAAAACGAUUUAGGAUACCAGAUUACCACUGCGCUGUAGUUUUCUUAGUGGAUUGACAUACAAUAGUUCAUUCAGAACACCCUGAGUGGACAUCUACAGUCUCAGAAAUGUGGCACAAAUGCCAUGUUAUUGGCUUAGGUAUGGGGUUGCAUAAGAAUCAAAAAAUAUAAUAAAGCUUUAGUUCAUCAGGGUGCUACCCUUUUGUUCAAGCAUUCUUCUCUGGUGUCUCAAAGAUAAACUGUGUUACAAAUCUGUAACCCUUUCAUGCAAAGAGCAAAGGUCAGUUUUGACAAGGUUGCUAAGAAAAUCAAUUCAAUGCAGGUAAAAAAUAAGCAAUUUUCUAUACUUCUACAAAUGAAUGUGGAAUACAAUUCUGAGUGUUCAAUGCCAAACUAAUAUAACCAA